UGUCUGAAACCGGCUGCUUCUACCUGGGGUCGGUUGGGCUCUUGGGAGAAUAUUGUCCCACUACGAGGAAGAGACACAAACAAUUCGUGUGUCCAUCCAGUCCUCCUAUUCGGUUGCAUGUGGCUCAUCUGAUUAUCGCGUCACGCUUUCGUGAGUCAAUAUCUUCAUCGCCUGCUUAACGCUUCAGUCAUGGCGCUUCAGAACAUCGGCGCUGGCAAUCGCGAUGACGCCUUUUACAGGUACAAGAUGCCCAAGCUCAUCACCAAGAUUGAGGGGCGUGGAAACGGAAUCAAGACCAACGUCGUCAACAUGGUGGAUGUGGCAAAGGCACUUGCAAGGAAUCCUGCGUACACCACCAAGUACUUUGGGUGUGAGCUCGGGGCUCAAUCGAAGUAUGACGAGAAGACUGGCACCAGUAUCGUGAAUGGUGCUCACGAUACCUCAAAACUUGCGUCCCUGCUGGAGAAUUUUAUCAAAAAGUACGUGCAAUGUUAUGGAUGCAGUAACCCCGAGACUGAGGUGGUCAUUACCAAGACCCAGCUCAUCACGUUGAAGUGCGCUGCCUGUGGCUACGUGUCUGAUGUUGACAUGCGUGAUAAGUUGACCACGUUUAUUUUAAAGAACCCUCCUGAACAGAAGAAGGGCGGAAAGAAGGACCGUGCACUGCGGCGUGCGGAGAAGGAGCGUCUCAAGGAGGGAGAGGCUGCGGACGAGCUGAUGAAAAAGAACAAGCGAGAGGCUCUGAAGAAAAGUAAAUCAGGAUCUGAUGCUAAAGUUGUUAAGAAGAAAACGGGGUCUGACGAUGAAGAACAUUCUCCAUCUGCAAGCCAAGCCGAAGAGGAUGAAGCUGUGGUGGAUGAAGAGGAGGACGAUGUGCAGUGGCAGACUGAUACUUCAGCCGAGGCUGCGAAGAAGAGGAUUAUUGAGCAGUUGACUGCGGCAACAAGUGAGAUGGUUAUGGUUGGGAAUGGUGAUGAUUUGAAGGAGUCGUCUCCUAAAGCUAAGACUUCUGCCAAGCCCAAGACGCUGAAAAAGUCGUCGUCUAAGAAGUCUGAGGCUGACAAUGAGGUGAACGAGACGACAGAAGUAGAGUCUCCGAAGGGAGAGGAGAUCAGUCCUCGAGAUAAGUUUUUAAGUGAUUUCAAGGAAUGUUUGAUGAAGUCGAUGACUCCAGCGCAGAUGGCGGCUAUUUUGAACAAUGCUGAGCCGCAAAGUGAAGCUAUGGAUGCAUUCUUUGUUGCGCUGUUUGAAGGUUGCGGCAAGGGGCUUCACAAAGAGAUUAGCAAGAAGAAAGCUUAUUUGGAUGCCGUUGUGCAAGAUGAAACCUCUCAGAAGCAUCUUUUGGCUGCGAUUGAAACCUUCUGCGCUGCUCUCCCUCUGAACGCGAGCAAGGAGAUAGCGCUUUUGCUCAAGGUCUUGUAUGAUGCAGAGAUUCUUGAAGAGGAGCAGAUUCUGCUUUGGUACGAUGCGGUGCCAUCCGGGAAAAGUUCAGCAAAUGGCUCUGGUGCAGGAUCGAAGGCUGCUUGCGUGAGGAAGUCCGCACUUCCAUUUAUCGACUGGCUUCGUAGCGCCGAGGCUGAAUCGGAGGAAGACGAAGAUUGAUAUCCUGGUAGCUUCCAGUAUGUAACGACAUCGAUAAGUAUCUUCUUUCGGGUAGCAUUUCUAGACAGGAGGUUGAUAAAGCGGCUCCUUGAAAGCCAAUGCGUGUGUGGCAUUCUCACGAUGCAUUUCAUAUGUGCCUGAAUGCAGCACUUUCCAUGGAGCGUUUUUCUGGCUUCAUUGUAUUCCUCAA